AUGAAAGAUACUACAACUAGACGUAUAUUUGAGAAAGAGAACUAAGCAGAAGUUUCAAAUAAUAUUGAAAAAAGAAAUAACCAAAAGUCAUUAACACAAUUAGUUUCAUUAACUCUGCUUAAUCAUUAACCAAAUUUCGAAUUCAAGAGUAUUGAUGUAAAAUAGUAGUAUUCUCAACAAAACUACCUUACAUAAAGAAAUCCCAAUGUUUAAAGUUUACACUAUCGGCCUGAACAAAAAUAAAAAACUACAAUUUGCACAACUAUUUAGAUAUACUCUCCAAUAAAAGUUAGAUAGACUACUUAAAUUAGUUAAAGCAUCCAUGAUCAUUCAACUAAAGAACCCAAGAAUUAACAAAACAGAUUUCUUUAUAAUUAUGGUGACAUUAUUUUGACAAACUACUAAAUCUAUGAUGGUAUUUAGAAGUUUGAAUUUUUAAAAAAACACUCAAUCAAUAGUUCUCUAAGAGCUAAGAUGAUAGACUGGAUGAUAGAAGUGUUGACCUCAUAUAAAUGCAAAGAUCAGACAUUCUUUUUGGCAGUAAGAUUGAUGGAUUAAUAUUUAAAUUUAUCUUUAAAAUCCCAUGCUCCAUAAGAUAUGCAUCUCAUAGGAGUUACAUGUAUGUUCAUAGCAUGUAAGUUUGAGGAGGUCUAACCAGUAAAAUUAUAAACUGUUCAUGAAAAAAUUGCGCAUAAAAAAUUAUCAAAAGAAGAAAUUAGAGAGAAAGAGAAUUAAAUUGGAUAAGCAUUAGAUUUUAAAUUCUUUGGAGCUACUCUUUAUGAAAUAAUAACAAUUACAUUACAAAUGAUUAAUUAAUAUUAAAAAUUACAUCAAAUAGUAGUUUAUUUAGCAAAGAUGAUAAUAUAUGAUUACUCAAUCAUUAGCUAAUUCAAUUACUCUUUGUUAUCAGCAGCAUGCAUAAUAAUAGGAUGCAACUUAUCAUGUCAAGAUUAGAGUGAUGAAAUUAUUGCUCAAGUUUUGUAAUUAUUGAAUGUCGACAAAGAUGCCACUUUGGAUUUAUCAAGUAGAAUAUUAAAUUUGGCAAAAAAUUUUGACAAACAAUUCUAAAAUUUGGAAAAUUUAAAAAAAUUCAAUAAGAAUUCUAUCCUAGAUAUUGUUAAGUUACAGAAAUGA